CUCAGGUAAAUGCGCCGCCAUGCCCACCACCACAUAAUGCCCCCUUUUACCGUCACUCACUGACUCCUGACCUCCUUUUUAGGCUUCGGCUGCGGCCAUGCUCGUUGGAAUCUUGGGCCUCUCGUCUCGCCUUUCACCACCGUCUGCGGCUCCACUACGACGACUGACCCCAUCUUCGAGCCUUCUUCUAGUGUGCCUGUCUGCCUCGUCGUUAUUAGCGCCAAUAUCGGCGCGUCAUACCGCUUUCCAUACCCAGCGGGCACUCGUUUCACCGUCAACUUGUUCGGUGAUAAGAGACACCUGUCCUGCCCUCCCAGGAGUCCGGUCCUUCCACUCAACCUCUCAGCAUUGGCGCACAGCGCCGCACUUUACCUAUCAGGUCGCGGCCGCAUACUCGGCGAAAGGGGAACGAUUCGAUCCGAACAGAAACGUUUUCACGGCGGGGCCUUUCAAUACCAUUGGGGAAAAAGUUACGGAUAUCAGAAAAUGCAAAGCCGCCGUAGAUAAACGCAAACGUCCCAGGAGUGGGCAGGAUGCUUUCUUCUACAGCCAAGUGGGGACAACAGAAACCACUGCGUUUGGCGUAGCAGACGGAGUUGGGGGCUGGGUCGAUUCGGGAAUUGACCCUGCUGACUUCUCGCACGGCUUGUGCGAGUACAUGACUUGCGCCGCACGAUUAUGGCCUCACGGAGCCAGUAGCAGAAAGUCGUUGCACCCGAUGGACCUGCUUCAAGUGGGGUACGACGAAGUCAUUCGCGAUAGGGACAUUGUGGGUGGAGGCAGCACGGCAUGCUUGGCUGUCGCGGAGCCGGAUGGAAACGUCGAAGUCGCCAACCUAGGCGACUCUGGAUUCAUGCACCUGGGAUUGAACGCUGUACGACAUACAACGCAGCCGCAGACGCACGGAUUCAACACACCGUUUCAGUUGUCCAAGACCCCGCAACGCAUGUUGGUCCAGAUGGCCAUCUUUGGAGGAGCCAGCGCCCUUUCCGAUUUGCCGACGGAGGCCAGUAUCACGCACCACCGCGUUCGCCAUGGUGACGUCCUUGUCUUCGCAACAGAUGGAGUAUGGGACAACCUCAGCCCUCAGGAUGUGCUGGGCGUGGUCAGCCGGACCAUGGUGGACCUAGGAGCGUGGGUAGACAAGAACGGUGUGAUAGAAGUUGGUGCUCUUCUGGGCCCACUGGCCCAACCCGCAACCCAUCAUCACGCCAAUAAGUCAUCAUUGCAGGCGAGAUUGGCUACUGCGAUUGCGAAAGAGGCAAAGGAAACCAGUCACAACUCCCGUAGAGACGGACCGUUUGCAAGAGAAGUGCAGAAGUGGUAUCCAGGGGAGAAUUGGCAUGGAGGGAAGCCGGACGACAUUGCUGUUGUAGUGGCUGUUGUUGUUGAAGACAGUGCCUUAUAGUAUCGCAAGAUCGUUUCCUUUUGUUCGAAUUUUCCUAUUUACGUUGUUAACUUCGCAUGGGUUGGCGUUUGCGGAAUUUUUGCACGCACGGGGGCCGCAUCGGGGCGCUGAGCAUCUGAUAAGCACGGCGAAUCAAGUUAUCAUUUGUAGAUAUAUACUAGACAUCGUAUGUCUGCCUGCGAGAC